AAAGCGCAACUCAAAUGCGCUCUCAUCCUUUAGAAAUUGGCACCGAAGUUUUUCCCCUCUUUAUUUCAUCAUUUAUUUCUAGUAUCUCUGGUGAUUUCUUUCUUUCUGUGUUUGUGACACAAAUCAGGAGUUGCGGUCCAUCACCACCGGCACUCUCAGAGGUCAACAAAAUCUAAAAACACAACCGAGAGAGACAAAAUUCAUAUCUUCAGGAUGUGUGGCAUGGACAUUGACAUGGACGAUGGGGGUUCAGGCGAGGAGGAGAAAGAGGAGGAGUUCUGGGUCGGGGAGGGGGUGAAGAUGCUGCCUCCUCCGGUGGCCCACAGCGAGGGCAGUGCGUGGGGCAGCCGCAGGGGCCGGUGUGGCUGCAUGGCCUGCGGUGCGGCUCUGCUGCUGUGGAACCUCGGCGUGGUCACGGCGUGCGUUCUGCUCCUGGCUGUGGUGUUCUCCGUGGUGCUUCUGCCCGCUACGCUGCUGCUCUAUGCCGGCUUCCUCUGCCAUUCAAGGGUCCUCGACGCCCCCUCCGCCAUCUGCCGUUACCUAGACGAUAACAGUUGUUCCGCCCUCAUCAUCCUGGGCUUUGUGAUGAUGUCACCCCUCGUGGUCGUAGCGGCUGCCAUCUUCUGCGGGCUGCUGCGAAGGUUUCGACUCCUGCUCCUCAUGCAGCCGCUCACACGUGCCUGGUACCGCAGACGGUUCCUGGACUGGGCUGGCAGCGUCCACGCCUGGGUCUGAUAGGGGGUCCUGGGACAAGACAGGAGGGGGGGAAUCGUGAACCAUGUCAACAGUCAGGGGGGAGUUGGGAAUCUCACAGUAAAGAUCAGAUAGAAAUCAGCUUGAGAUGUGCAUUUCUGAUUAUCUUGUUGAGUAAAAAAAAAAAAAAAAAAACGUGCAUAAAUCUACUGCAGCAGUUUCCA